UCAUAGCCCUAGUGGGAGUACGUGGCAAUGGCCGUAGAGGAGAAAUCCUUUUAACAAUAACGUAAAAGAAAAACUCUUGAGUUUUAUUCGUGAUUGAUUAAGCGGCUACUUAAGUAUAAACUCUCUGCGAUGUAGUCCCGCCCGUUUUGAUCUAUUCUUUUUUUUUUUUUUUUUUUUUGUUUGGAAUCAAAGAAAGGAAAGGAAAAGAAAAGAAAAAGAAAAGAAAGGGAUUAUUAUUGUUAUUAUUAUUAGGGCGGUUCAGGUCGUAUGAUGUUUUGUGGUGUAUUGAAAGAUCGAAUUCAGAAUUGGCUUCGCGAUUAUGAUAGGCUUCAAUACUUGGCUGUUAUCCUCAUUUAUAUUCAGAUUGGGUGCGAUCUGAUUGGAUCGCUGGGGGCAUUGUAUAACGGUGUGCUGCUGAUCAAUUUGGGAAUCGCAUUGUUCGCUCUGGUUGCGAUCGAGAGUAGCAGUCAGAGUUUGGGUCGGGCCUACGCUGUUCUUCUCUUCUGUGCUAUUUUGCUUGAUAUUUCUUGGUUCAUUUUCUUCACUCAUGAUAUUUGGAACAUUUCUUCUGAGAGUCAUGGAAUGUUCUUUAUCUUUUCUGUGAAACUCACUUUAGCAAUGCAAAUUGUUGGGUUUUCUGUGAGGUUGUCAUCCUCAUUGUUGUGGAUUCAGAUUUACAGAUUGGGGGUUUCUCAUGUAGAUAGUGCUGGUCCUCAAGAAGCAGAUUUUGAUUUAAGAAAUAAUUUCCUGAGCCCAAUAACUCCUGCUGUAGCUAGAGAAUGCUCAGAUUCUGAUGUUGCUUUAGGGGGCUCUAUUUAUGAUCCAGCUUACUAUUCAUCUCUUUUUGAAGAUGGUCGGAGCAAUAGAUAUAUGCAUGGGAUAUCUGCACCAUAGAUCAUACCCAGGCAUUUGUAUAGUUAUUGAAGUUCAGUGCUUUCCCAUGCUUUUGGUUGGAAUUCAUCUGAUCUGGAUUCUUGUAUUGGAGGGUUCAGCAAUUUAACAUGGGAUUGUAUGAUACUGUUGUACGCUUGCAGGAUCAAACUUCCAGUAUUCUUGACAAUGGAUCUUCUUCUAGUGCUGAAGUUUCUCAUUUGAAGGUGUCCAUAGGCAGAUCUUUCCAGACUAUAGAUGAGGAGAAUGCUGUAGGCGAGCCUCAGACUGCCUGAAUUAGAUUCUGGUAUUUCUGAGAUAACAGGCUUCGAAGUCACUCCCCAUAGUGUUACUGUUUUGAGGUUGAUUUAUUUCAUGAGUCCAGUUGAAUGCAGGAAUGGUACUUGUACAGUUCUUUAAUUCUUGCAACUUCCUAUUGUUGCCAAUCUCGGAGUUAAAAGAACUGCAUGUUCAGUUCACUGCAAGAGUCUGUCGCAGCUCUGGAUUUGAUGCAAUAUCACAAGUAUUAAACCUACCUGCCAUGCAGACAGACUGAUUCAUUUUGGCAUGCGGUGCACCCUAAUUGGCCAGGCUAUCUCUAGGUGCAACUGGUAAUGACAUUCUUGUUUGGAAGAGCUCCUGAAAUUGAUAUCCCUGUUAGAAUUACAAACUUAAAGGUCAAUUUUCCUCGAUGUUUUUAUUCUUUUUCUUUCCUUUUAUUUUUUUCAAGCCUGGUAUUUAAUUUAAUUAAAUUGAAUGAAAAUAGUUUGCAUUA